UCCUGCCUUUAGCUCGUGCUGUAAAGAGUUGUUGUUUGGACUGUAUCAGAACUGAUGAAGAUGAUGAAGAUGAUGAAGGUUAAGCUGGACCUGUUGCUGGUGGUUCUGCUGUGUUUAGAGUUGGACUGUGGGUCAGCAGAUCCUGACCCUCUCCAGGUGUUUAGGUCUGGGCUGGGAGAGCGCCCCCUGCUGGUCGUUCCUCUGAAGGAGGCGCUCGGCCGGCCCGGUGUCCGGGUCAGAACUGUCCUGGUCAACUGCUUCCCGACCCACAUGGAGGUCUGGGUGAAGUCGGAUCUGUUUGGUUUGGGGAUGCAGGUGGACCCGGCGGACCUGAGACUCGGUCCCGACGGCCCGGCCGGCCCGACCUGCGGCGUGACCUCGGUAUCGGACCUGGAGUUCACCUUCCAGUUCGCCCUCACCGACUGCGGCACUCAGCACUGGGUAACAGAAGACGCCCUGAUUUAUACCAACCUCCUCACCUACUCUCCGGCGCCCCCUCUGGACGGACUGGUGCGGCUGGAGAAGGCAGUUAUUCCUGUUGAGUGUCAUUACCGGAGGAAGUUUGAUUUAGACAGUGACCCGGUUCUGCCAACCUGGAUCCCCCACCAGACCAACAAAGCUUCACUGGAGAAGCUGAUCUUCACCCUCAGGCUGAUGUCCAGUGACUGGCGGGGGGAGCGAGGCUCUACUGUGUUCUUUCUGGGGGACAAGGUGAACGUGGAGGCGGGGCUUUACCUACCCCAGAUGAAUCUGCGGGUGUUCAUCGAGAGCUGUGUUGCCACUGCGACCCCUGAUCAACGUUCAGAGCCCAGAUACCACUUCAUCGAUAACGGGUGUCUGCUGGAUGGUCGGCUGACUGGAUCACAGUCUCACUUCCUGCCCAGAGAACGUCCCGAUAAACUGGGGCUCCAGCUGGGAGCGUUCCUGUUCCCCCAGGUGGAGAUGUCUCAGGUCUACAUCACCUGCACUCUAAAAGCUUAUCCACUCGAUUACGUGAGCAAGUCUAUGAGCAAGGCGUGUUCCUUCAUCCAGGGCAGCUGGAGAUCGGCAGAGGGAGACGAUUGGACCUGUAACAGCUGUGAGGAUCGGUUCCAGCCGACCCGAUCUUCUCCACAAAAACUGGACCAGGUGCUGCCGACCUACCGACCGAAAACCGACCCCACCGAGGUACCUCGCUCACGGACCCUGUUCAAACCCGCCAUGCAGGCGGACUCCAACCAACGGGAACCUGUUCAUCUCCGCCAAGGAAAGAGUGGUCCAAGCUCCACCCACAAUGUACAGGAGCCUACUGCUGCCUGGAGGGCAGCAGGGGUGGUGCCGAGGGCAGCGGGGGCAUUGCCAAGGGCAGUAGUGCUGGAGCAGGAAACGAGUAUCGGCCCGCUGACCGUGUUCUCCCAGAAAAAUAAACUGGGAAUUAUGGCGCCCCCUAGAGUAAAGGAGGGUUUACCCCUGUACCACUCCUUCAGAGGGCAGAAACCAAUCCCUCACAACAGCCUGUGGGGAGAACAGAAGUUAGAUCUGAAGGAGGAGGUGAGCAGUACAGGAAAGGAGAAAUCAGAGGGGAAAAAUCUGUGGGAAAAGCUGCUUUCUGAAGAAAAGGCUGAUGGAGAACCUAAACCCACAACAGCAACCACCACCACCCCUCCACCCUGGCACACAGCACUGUGGGAAACUGAGUCUUCCAGAGUAGAAGGUGUUGCUGGUCCUUCCCUUCACAAUGUAAGAUCACCCAAACCAGAAUCAGCUCCCGUCCACCCCCUGCAGGAAACCAGUCUAUCACCAGAGACGCUAACUGCCAGCACAUAGUCUUCAGUUCAUACGUCUAGCAGUUCUACAGCAGCACCAACGCCAUUGGACAGUGAGAUGGACUCUAAGACACUGCCGGCGGACUCUGAGGACAGUCCCGGAGGUUUACAGAAGGGGCUGGUCUGAGGAGACUGUGGACUUUCAGUUUGAGAAAUAAACGUUCCAAACUGUA